GUCCUUUGUGUCAAAAUGAACAGACUUUAAGAAAAAUCUAGAAAGCAGUUACAUCUCCAAAAUGGGAGAAAGAGUAAAGAGCCCAGAUUCUGAACACGACAGGAAAUCAGAUGGGGAUAAAAAUAGUGACUCCUAUUAUUCAGAUGAAGAUAAUGCAUCUCAUUCGUCUGGCCAGUCACCAACACUAAGCUUUCCAUCUACAAGCCAAGAAAAAAGAGAUCACAAACCACAAAUUUCAAACAGCCUUCUGCACUACCAAGCCACAAAGAAACUGGGUUCCAAAUACGCACCCAGCAAGAGAGGGACGCAGUGGGGUUUCCGUUCUCAGAGCCUGACUAGGGAUUCUCCUGCAAAAGAUAUAGAUCUUGUUACAAAAAGAGUUCUCUCUGCUAGGCUGCUGAAAAUCAAUGAGCUCCGAAAUGAACUGACUGAACUCCACAUCAAACUAGAUGAGCUGCAGAAGGAAAACAGGGCACUGAAGAGGCUUCAGCACAGGCAGGAGAAAGCCUUGAAUAAGUUUGAAGAUACGGAGAACGAAAUCUCCCAGCUCCUUGCGCGGCACAACAAUGAGAUUAGAAUAUUAAGGGAGCGCCUGCGAAAAUCUCAAGAGAGAGAACGUGCCACUGAGAGGCGGCUGAAAGAUUCGGAAGAUGAACUGUACCGAACAAAAACUGCCUUGCAGAAACUUAAAAAGCUUUCUGCAGAUAAGCACCUUGCCGAAAGAGAUGACCUGGCAAAGAAACUAGCCUAUGCAGAGAGCAGGCUAGAGGACAGUGAAAAAAGAAUUAAGGAUCUGGAAAAAAAUCUUGAAUUAAGUGGUAGCAGUUUCCAACGAGAGUUACAGUCAAAGAAAAAAAAGAUACAUGAGGCUCAAGAAGAAAACAGAAUUCUCCAAGAAGAGCUUCAGCAACUAAAUCAGAAACUGAAGGAAAAAGAAAGAGAACUUGAAGCCAAAAAUAUAUAUGCUAACCGUAUGUUGAAGCUAUCACCAAGAAAAGACAUGGAAAAAGAAAAAGACAUUACACAAAAAAAAAGAGCCAACAACCAAAAUGUUAAAAAAGGAGCACAGCUCACAAAAGGUGUGCAAACCAGUGGAUACUUCUCACCAGUAGAAUUUCUUCCAGAAUCAGAACUUGUCUGUGGUGACACAGUAAACAAGAAAGAAGGAAUUCUUCCUAAAAUAGAAAAAGAAACUCCAGAAAAAGGAUGGAAAGUGCAAGCAGAUCUAAAACAAGACCAAGACAGGGAAAGGCAAGAGAAACCAAAACGUUUUCAGGAAAUACAGGCUUUAGAGGAGAGGGUUCAAAAACUUCAUGAUGAGUCGGAAAGGGAAGAAUAUGACAAAAUGAAAAAAGAAAGCAGCUUUUUAUUGGAUAAAGAAGGGAAAACAAAGAUGGAGACAGAAAUCCAGAAAGCUGAAGAAGAAAGAAGAAGCACUGAAAUGCUGGAAGAGGGGCGAAAAAGAGAGUUCCUGCUUGCUAAAAUGCAAGAAAUUGAUAGAGAAACUCAAAAUGUAGCAAACAUGAAACCUUCUUCCCAAGCACCACUCAUAAAUACAGCGAGAAGAUCUGAUUCUGUGGAGAAAAAAGAAAAAAUUUACCAGUUCUUUGAGGUUCCUGGGAAGGUUACUAAUGGAUUUCCUGCAGGUGACAACCAGGAUGAUGCCACAACAGGACAAGGACAGAGGCAACGAAGUGUGAAGACUGUAGAUUUAAGUAGUGAGUUAACAUUUGGUAGUUAUGUACCUUCCUUUGGGAAAGGAUCAGGGAGACCGAACUGGCUGACUCAAAAAAGUGGCAACUUAGAAGAAAAUGUUAAAGAAAACGCAGAUUUCAAUAAUAAGAAAGAGAAGAAGUCCAAUUUAAUGGAACAGCUCUUUGGAAGCAGUGCCAGUACCACACUUCUUUCUAAAAAUAAUGAUACAACACCUUUUGACAUAGAUUGGGACUCUAGUAAUACUCUUCUUGUCAAUAAGAACAGUAAGGUCAAAGCAAGAGAAGACAGUGAGCUUUUCAGUGAAGGAAGGAUCCUAAACAGGCACCACUGGCAACACACUAGAAGCAGGCCAGGUGUUAAGACCCUUGGUUCUUUAGAAGAUGAAAUUGAAGAAGUAGUCUUACAAUGA